AUGCCGCCACAUGACGACGACGAUUACUUCCUCCCGCUCGAGGACCAGCGCGUCUUCGGCGCUGGUAUCCGCCGCACACGCGUGCCGUUCGUGCGCUCCUCCGAGCACGAACUAAACACCACCGGCCCGGGGGCAUCCUCCUCGUCGACUCCGCCUGGCGCAAGCAUUGCCAACACAUAUCUCUCAAUUGUAAUGAAGCAGCAGCCUGUAAAUACCAGAACAUUUACAUCUCCGAAUACACCGACACCACAGGAAUCGACACCGCCACCGCGCACCGCGCAGUCCGCACCACCAACAGCGAAAGCAAUCUCACCACCACCACCACCAGCAUCUCUUCCCACACAACCCCCUUAUCCGGGCCAUACAAAUACACCAACUCACUGCGAAGUCUGCAACCUCCCCCUCUCAUCCAACCAAGCCCCAUCAGACCAAACCCCCACAACAACCCGCCCACACGAAGCCUCCCUCGCCCACCAAGUCUGCCUCACACAUUCGCACCCACCCUCACACCUCGACCGCUCGCGUGCGGGCCUGCGCUACCUCUCCACAUAUGGCUGGGACCCAGACAGCCGGCUCGGACUAGGCGCGCCAGGCCGCGAGGGCAUCCGCGAGCCGCUGAAGGGCCGGAUCAAGAACGACACCGCUGGGCUGGGGGUGGGUCUUGACGCGGACGGUGAUCGUGUUGCGCCUCGGCCGCCGCCGCCGAAAGUGCAGAACUUGAAUGCGAAGCAGGCGCGUAGAGGCGCGGCUGAGGCGAGACGAAAGGGGGAGAAGUUGCGGAAUAUGUUCUUUCAGAGCGAUGAGGUGCUCAAAUACCUAGGGGAGAGUGCUUGA